AUGGACGUAGCCUACAAUCAGCACUCAAACGUCGCCCGGCGGAAGAACCGCUCCUCAACAAACCUCAACCACCUCAGUCUCGCACCCCUGACCUCGAGACUGCCAAUCCACGACCAGGAUGACUACGAUUUCAAUCCGAUAUCCGCCCCGCCUCACACCACCUCAUAUCUGCAAGGCAAAUCCGCCCCGACCACGCCGCGUCUCCUUUCUCGCUCUCCGGGGGCCGGCAACGCCGCCCGUUUGCGGUCCACAUCGCGGCCACGAACACGGGGCACCUCGGCUCCCGCCGCACGGGACCCCGCCGCCCUCCCCAAGAGCAAAUCCGCCACCCACCUGAGAGCACCGGGGGGAACACACUUACAUGGCAUGUCGCCGACCGUCUCCCGGCGCAACGGUAACGGCAACGGCAACGGCAAAACCGCCCACAACGACUCAGACUGGCUGCUGCGGGCCGGUGCCCUCAUCUCGACCGAGACGCGCGAGUCCAAGGGUCAGGCAUGGCUCGUCUCGCGCGCCAGCUCCACCAGCCUGGCGGGCACCCCCGCCGACGCGGACGACGAUGACGACGGGCUAGGGGUGGAAGAGGAACUUGGACGGGACUGGGUUGGGGCGGGAGCGACGGCGACGGCGACGGCGACGUCGUCGGCCGCGGCAAGCAGGAGGAACAGUGGAGUGAUGUUAUCCGAAGGGAACCAUCACCACCACCAUUACCGCCACGGCUAUAGCCCCGUGCAUAGCCGGCUUGGCAGCCGCUCCCACAGCCGGGCCAUGACGCCCUGUGAGCGGCGGUUUGGGGUUGGGGUUGCUGUGGUGGGGGAGGAAGAUUAUUUCGGUACCUCUGACGGCACGCCGACGGCCGAGGACGACGCGGCGCUGAUUCCUGGCCCGGACUUUGUUAAUCUCGACGAGAAGCUCGAGGCCAUCGAGGAGCAGCAGUUGGACGUGGACGGCGUUGACGACGAGGCCUACGUGCGCCGGCUCGUCAAGCGCGGCAACUCGGCCGGGGGGUUGGGGUCCUGGAUUGGGAGUGUGUUUGGGGUGAGGCUAUUCUCGGUUGAGGAGGAUGAAGAGGAAGAGGAAGACGACGAAUCCGACGGGGAGGACGGUGAUGCAGCGGAGACGGGAGAAGGGCAGACGGACGAUGGCGCGGCCGGCAUCGCUCAGGACAGGCGGUCCUCGAGCCUACGCAGGCUUCAGCAGCUUCAGGUGGUCCCGCCGGCCGUCGAUACGACAAACAUUCCGCCGCCAAAAGCUGACGAGGGUGGGUGGCACGAUGCUGCAUGGCUCCUGACGGUGGCUUCAAAGGUCCUUCUGUGA